AUGCACAGCCUGCACCACAGGAAGCAUCAGGUGUUCGAAGAGAAGCGGAGCUGCCAGGAGAAGGAGGAGCGCAGCAAGUGGCAGCAAGACUACGAUUCAGUGAUGGCCAAGACCAAGAGCCCCAGGAACCAGAGCUCAUUGGAGGAGGCGUCUGCUCGGCUGUACGAGGACCACGUCGCGCGGCGUGCCGGCUUGGAAGAGAUGAGAAGGAAGGUCCAGCAUGAGCACGAGCAGCAGAUCGAGGCCACGCGCUUUCGCAGGCCGGCGAGCGCCGCCAACAUCACGCCGAGGGGCACCACGGCGCCCAAGGGCUUCGUGGAGCGCACCCAGGAGGACGCGGAGAGGCGCAGGAAGCAGCGCGAGGAGGCGGACCAGCAGGCGCGGCCCCGGAGCGCAACCCGGCGCGCCCGCAGCAUCAGCCCCGCGCCGGGCUGUACCCCGAGGAUCGCCGAGCUCUACGAGGACAAGGCUCGCAAGGCGAGGCAGGAGAAGCUUGAGCUGGCCGCCAAGAGCGAACUGGAGCAGCAGCAUUCGUUCCGCCCCGAGCUGAAGGCGAAGCCCGGCAGGGCGGCGCGCCCGGGGCUGGAGGCGCGGCUGGAGGAGAUGCACCGCGAGCACGCCGAGCGCCUGAAGAGGAAGAAGGAGCUCGCGGCUAAGGAUCUCGGAGGAGCGGAGGCUGGAGGAGGCGGCCGCCUUGGGCACGCCCUCGCCGAGGCAGACCACCCCCAGGCGGAGGGCGACGACGCCCCGCGCAGGCCUGCCUGA